AUGUUCAUCGAAGAAAAGGGCUCGUUCUCCGUCGUCCUCUCCGGCGGAACCCUAAUCGAUACACUUAGGAAGCUUGUAGAGUCUCCAUACAAGGAAUCUAUGGAAUGGUCGAAAUGGCUGAUAUUUUGGGUUGAUGAGAGAGUUGUUCUUCUGGAUCAUGAAGACAACAAUUACUUGCUAGCCUCGAGUGGUUUUCUUUCCAAGGUACGCAUUCCCCCUAACAACAUCUUCGCCAUAAACGACAAGAAGUCUCCGGAAGGUGCAGCUGAGGACUACGAGAACCGCCUCAAACAGCUCGUAUAA